AUGGCUUCUGAAUUUGACAACAAGGCAGUUUCUACCAUCCGUACGUUUGUAGCGCCGAAAGUAUAUGCUAACCUGCAGUCGAACUCGGGCCACCCGGGCGCCCCCAUGGGCCUUGCCCCUGUGGCGCACAUUUUGUGGAGCCGCUUCAUUCGCUGCGACCCGAAAGACUCGCACUGGCCGAACCGUGACCGUUUUGUACUGUCCAAUGGCCACGCAUGUGCCCUGCAAUACAUUAUGCUGCACCUCUUGGGCUACAAAUUGUCCAUGGACGACCUCAAGUCCUUCCGUACGCUUGACUCGCUCACCCCGGGCCAUCCCGAGUUUGGCCACACUGAUGGCAUCGAGGUCACCACUGGGCCGCUUGGACAGGGUAUUGCGAACGCUGUGGGUCUUGCGAUCGCUGGCAAGAACGCCGCUGCGACGUUCAACAAGCCCGACUUCGAGAUCUUUAACAACAUGGUCUACUGUGUGCUUGGUGAUGGCUGUCUCCAGGAGGGUGUCUGCGCUGAGGCUCUUUCUCUUGCCGGUCACUUGCGCCUGAACAACCUCGUUGCGAUUUACGACGACAACGGCAUCACCAUUGACGGCGACACGGCCUGCUCCUUUACCGAGGACGUUGAGAUGCGCUUGCGUGCAUACCGCUGGAACGUCUUGCAUGUUCUCGAUGGUAACACCGACUUGGACAGUUUGGUCAAGACACUCGAGGAGGCAAAGACCUGCAAGGACAUGCCGACCAUGAUCCGUGUUAAGACCACGAUUGGUUACGGCUCCGAGAACCAGGGUACCGCUUCUGUGCACGGCAGUCCGCUAAAGGAAGACGACAUCAUACAGCUCAAGAAGGCGUUUGGCUUCAACCCCGACGAGACGUUUGUUGUGCCCAAGGAUGUCCAGGAGGCGUACGAUGGCUACCGCGAUAAGGGCGGCAAGCUGCACUCUGAGUGGAAAGACCUGUACAGCAAGUAUUCUAAAAAGUACCCCGACGAGGCGGCCCAGAUCGAUCGCCGCCUUGCACACAAGCUCCCAGAAGGCUGGGAAAAGAAGCUUCCCACAUACAAGCCUUCGGACAAGGGCAUGGCUUCGCGCAAGCUUUCCGAGGCAGUGCUCAAUGCCAUUGCGGACGAGAUUCCUGAGCUCCUCUCUGGCUCUGCCGACUUGACGGGCUCUAACAACACCCGCUGGAGCAAUGCGGUUGACUUCCAACCGCCCGAGACCAGGCUCGGCAAUUAUGAUGGCCGCUACAUCCGCUACGGUGUCCGUGAGCACGGAAUGGGCGCGAUCAUGAACGGUAUCCACGCCUACGGUCUUCACAUCCCCUCCUCUGGCACUUUCCUCAACUUUGUGUCGUACGCGAUUGGUGCCGUGCGCCUCUCUGCGCUGUCCAAAUUCCAGGUGAUCUGGAUCGCUACCCACGAUUCGAUUGGCCUUGGUGAGGACGGCCCGACCCAUCAGCCCGUCGAGACUGCUGCGGCACUGCGUAGCUUGCCGAACCUCGACUUCUGGCGCCCUGCCGAUGGUAACGAGACGUCAGGUGCAUACAAGGUUGCGCUUGAGUCGUACACCACCCCGUCGGUCCUUGCACUCACCCGCCAGAACCUGCCCCAACUCGAGGGCUCCUCGAUUGAGAACACAGUCAAGGGUGGCUACGCUAUGAUCGAGGACAAGGAGGCUACCAUCACGCUUGUUUCGACUGGCUCCGAGGUGCACAUCUGUGCCGAGGCACUCAAGCUGCUCAAGGAACAGGGCAUCAAAGCCCGCCUUGUGUCCAUGCCUUGCUUCCGCGUGUUUGAUCUCCAGCCCCUCGAGUACCGCUUGAAAGUGUUGCCUUCUGGCCACCCGAUUCUCUCUGUCGAAGCAUACACGACCUUUGGCUGGGGCAAGUACGCUCAUGUGCACCAUGGCAUCAACACCUUUGGUGCUUCUGCUCCUUACGAGGACGUGUACAGGAAAUUCAAGAUGACACCAGAGGACAUCAGCAGCAAGGCGGCCCGCGUUGUGGACGCUUUUAAGAACUCCAAGACCCCGCUUGUCUCCCCCAUUGAAGUGGAAGCUGAGUUUGCGAAGUAG